AUGUCUGCUUCUUUCUUCUCCCUUGAGGGCCAAACUGCUCUCGUAACAGGUGGUACGCGCGGUAUCGGCCAGGCCGUAGCAAUUGGUCUCGCUGAAGCUGGUGCCGAUAUUAUUCUUGUUCAGCGAGAUACCACAUCACAAUCGACAAAAGAGUCCAUCGAGAAGCUUGGCCGAAAGGCUUUCAUCUACACUGCCGAUCUAUCGUCGCAAGAAUCUGUUGCUGGACUUGUGCCUAAGGUGCUGGCUGAUGGACAUCAGAUUCGCAUUUUGGUGAACUGCGCUGGUAUUCAGCGACGACAUCCUUGUGAAGUCUUCCCUGACAGCGACUUCAACGAGGUCAUCCAAGUAAACCUCAACUCCGUCUUCACCCUCUGCCGCGACGUCGGCGCCCACAUGCUCAACCUCGAACCCUCUCCCAUCACCGGCCGUCGCGGCAGCAUCAUCAACUUCGCCUCCCUCCUCACCUUCCAGGGCGGUUUCACUGUCCCCGCCUACGCCGCCUCCAAGGGUGCGGUAGGCCAAGUCACCAAGAGUUUCGCCAACGAGUGGACCUCAAGGGGCAUCACUGUCAACGCCAUUGCUCCCGGUUACAUCGCUACCGACAUGAACGAGGCACUUCUCGCCAACCCAGAGCGUCUUGCUUCUAUUACUUCAAGAAUUCCCGCUGGUAACUGGGGUUCACCGGAUGAUUUCAAGGGUACAGCUGUGUAUCUGGCGAGUAAGGCCAGUGGAUAUGUAAGUGGGCAUGUGUUGGUUGUUGAUGGUGGUUGGAUGGGCCGAUAA